AUGCCACCACUGUUAGAUACUUCUCCUUCCCCAAACAACUCCAUCGAGAUUGUCACUCGGACCAUUAAUGAAUUCAUGGACAAAUUGCAACUGACUUGGGCUAUCAAUGCUGCAAAGGGACUUGUCGAACUCAGGCCUGAUUCUCUGCUCUGCCGAGAAAUAGAGCUCGCACUCCUCCGUGUUAUCGGUCAAACCGUCUCCCCCGACAAAGUUUAUCUUCGAAUCGGCAAUGAAUUAAACCAUUUCGAUCGGCCUGCUUAUCGCGCAGCUAAUCCUCUCUUCCACACUAUCUUGCUCUGCUGCUAUCAAAUGAUGCAAGGAUGGGCCGAUGAAGGAUGGUUUGAGAAUCUUCCAACCAUCGAACAGAGUUUACGGGAUGUUGCUCAUCUAGAUGCGAGAAGACUUGCUGGCGCAACUGGACUGUCGACACAAAGGGAUUUCGAGGUGUAUCGGAGUUUUGAAAAUACAAUGUAUACUGAUCAUCAUUUAAGAAUGCGUGUUGAUACUCAAGUUGAGAUGCUAGAGGAGAUGAUUGCAAGGAUGAAGGCUGCGGAGAGUAAUCACGAUCAUAAUGAUGAAGCUGAGAUGGGGAAUCGAGGAGGUAAUGAUGGAAUAUAA